AUGUCACCAUUGCCAAGGUUUGUGGUUCUCAAAUCCGUCAACAACGGCAAAUACUUGAGCAAGAUAAGUAACGAAGAGAGUACCAAAAAGGGACUGCAGGCAACGUUUCUGAAAUUUCAUGGAGAGGAGAUUGCCAGUCCUUUCGCAAAGUUCGAAGUGGAGACAGCGAAGAAAAACCCGGAAUUCGUGCACAUACGCUGCUGUCACAACAACAAAUACUUGGUACGGUUGCUGGGCGAAGGGUCGAGUUCGCGUUCGCUAUGGAUCGUUGCCGCGGCUAACAAAUCCCAAGAAGAUGUUGACGUACUCUCAUGUACUAUGUUCAAGCCUGUUCAAAGUGAUGAAAAUCAUUUCCGAUUUCUCCACGUCGAAUCCGGGCGUUACGCCCGUCUAUCGAAGGAGAAGGAGCCUUACACGGAUGGCUUGUUAGCAGGAUCAAGCUCGAUCGACACUGACUUGCAAGACGUGUACAAAGUCUUUGAUUGGGAAUCGCUUGUCGUAUUUCCCAAAAUCGUGGCCUUCAAGCUGGGAGACAAAUACCUCAGCCACCGUUGGAUCGAGGGCUAUCCGUAUCUGCAGUUCGUAUCCACCGACAGCGGCGAUCAGACGAUAGCAAACGAGAUCUCCACCUUCGGCGAUGGAUUUGUCCGCAUAAGAUCCCUUUCGACCGGAAAUUUCUGGAGGCGCAGCCCCAACUGGAUCUGGGCCGACUCUACCGACUCCACCGGCAGUGACUCCAACACGCUGUUCUUGCCCAUCAAACUCGCCGACAACGUCGUGGCGCUCCGCAAUUUGGGAAACAACUGCAUCUGCAAGAGUCUUACUACAGAAGGCAAGACGGACUGUCUCAACGCCGCCGUGCACAACAUUAUUAAUGAUGCGAAGCUGGAGGUGGAGGAGAGCGUCUUGUCGAGGAGUAUCUACAACAUCAAUUUCCGCCGUGACGAGGGCAGGGUCUACAACCUCAAAGUCAUCGAGAAGGGCCACUCAGAGGCCGAUAACUACACGAACGUAGAGAACACUGUAAGCCUCAAGUUUUCCUACAAGAAAACAAGCGCUAGUACUAUCGGCGGCAGCGUUUCGCUCAAGUUGGGCGUCAAAACACCCCUCCAAAUUGCAGCCAUUCCGCUCAUCGUGGAAGGGAAGGUCGAAAUUUCGGGUGAGGUUACAACGGCAGUUCAGUGGGGGAAAACCGAAGCAGUCGAAACCGUAACCGAGACUACCUACAGCGCUAAAGUGCCUCCUAUGACUAAAACAAUUGUCACUCUGACAGGGACGGAGGGAAUGUGUGAUGUUCCCUUCUCUUAUACCCAGCGCGACAUUCUUCACAAUGGGGAUCCCAGAAUCCAGAACAUGGACGAUGGGAUUUACACAGGGAUUAAUAUGUUCGGCUUCAAGUUCGAUAGCCACCAGCAAAAGCUACCUGCAGAUUAUUAUAAGUAG